AUGCCGCAGCCAAACAUCGAUGAACAAAUUCAAAUAGACACCGACGAUGACAACGAUUCUCUCCUGGACGCCCAAUCGAUUGUCGGCUCCAAUCUCACCAUCUCCUCGACCGUGCGCGACUACUGCUUCGAGAAUGGCCGGCGCUACCACGCCUACCGCAACGGCCAGUACCCGGUGCCCAACGACCAAGAAGAGCAGGACCGGCUCACGCUGCUGCACCAGCUCUUCAAGAGCGUCACGGGCGGCGAGCUGCACCGCGCCCCGGUCCUCCGCCCCCCGCACCGCCCGCAGCGCGUGCUCGAUGUCGGCACCGGCACCGGCGUCUGGGCCCUGGAUAUCGCGGACGCCUACCCGCACGCGGAGAUUGUGGGCACUGACCUCAGUCCCAUCCAGCCCCGCUACACCCCGCCCAACUGCUCGUUUAUCAUCGACGACGCGGAGAGCGACUGGGCUUUCCCGCCCGAGGAGGCCUUCGACUACGUCCACGGCCGGUCCCUCGGGGGCUCGAUCGCCGACUGGCCCCGGUUCCUGCAGCAGGCGUACCAGCACGUCAAGCCCGGCGGGUGGGUGGAGAUCCAGGAGUUCGAGACCUGGAUCCGCUCGGACGAUGGGACGGACCAGCAGGCGGUGCGGAUCCACGAGUACCAGCGGAAGUUGGACGAGGCGAGUCGCAGGUUCGGGAAGCGCAUGAAUAUCGCCUCCAGUGUGCGGGGGUGGAUGCAAGACGCGGGGUUUCAGAAUGUCACGGAUGAUACGUAUAAGUGUCCGCUGGGCCCGUGGGCGAGAAACCCGCAUUUCAAAGAGCUCGGUCGCAUGGGGAAGGCGGCCUUCUUCGAUACCAUCGAGCCGUAUUCGCUGGCGUUGUUGACGCGGGUCAUGGAUUACACGUACGAGCAAGCGCAACAGUAUGCCCAGGAUGUGCGGCAUGAGUUGGUGCACGGCUCGUUCCACAUCUAUACCCUGUUCCAUUAUGUAUACGGACAGAAACCACCGGAGAAGGCUGGUGAUGAUGACUAUAACGGCGGUGACGAUGCUGACGCUGAUGCUGCGGAUGAUGAUAACGAUGCUGAUGACCAUAAAUGA